CGCCCUCCCCCUCUUUUCCUCUCUCUUUCUCUCUCGCUCUCUCUUUCUCUGUGUGAGCGUAGUCUGGGCACUGAGCCAAGUGGAGUGUGUUUUUUUGAAUGAAUACCUGAUGCGGCUGAUGAGGCUGGCUGGGGGAGGAGCUGUCAGUGGAGUACAGAGAGAGAAAGGAGAGGGGAGGGAGGGAGAGAGGCAGAGCGAAGCAAAGUAGCCAGGCAGAGAAGAAGCUGGCGGUCUGGUGGCCUUGCAUAACACACAUUGGAGCAGUCUCUCUCUCUCUUUCUCGCAGGACUUGGAGCUACAGCAAGUGGGGGACCUUCUUCACCAUUGCAUACCCAUUGCAGAAAAGCAGAAAACCUACAACAAGAAGGCUAAGGUGCAUUGGCAACAACAACCAGAAGAGGACUGGACUGUAAAGCAGCAGCACAAAGAGGAGACAGAUCCAGGAAGAGAGUGAGAGGAGACACGUUCAACACAUACACAUUACGCACUCAUGCACGCUCCGGGAGGCAAGAAGAAUCCUUGGACAUGCACUACAAGCAGUGGCUGUGGAGAAACUGAUUCUGGUUGUCUUUGUGAAGGAGACACUUUGUCCAGAGAUGAUUCCCCAUGAAGAGACCAGAGCUCAUCUUGUGAGCUGGAGUCCCUACAUUGUUUUGAGUUGUAGAGCUGUGCCUGUCCAUCAGUGUGCACACUAAACUUACUCUCUUCUACAAAGAAACUGGCCUGUGCAUAAAACAAGUGAGUGAAGAGAACGCUAUAUUGUCAAAAGAGCUCACCUUAAACUUCUUCAACUUCUUUGGCAAAAAUGAAAUCCAACCAGGAGCGGAGUAAUGGAUGCCUGCCACCAAAGAAGCGUGAGAUCCUGGCCCUGGAGCAGCGUCCCGUUGUCAUGGCUACAACGGCACCCCCAGCAGCCACAGUGGUCGCCGAGAGUUUGCACACCGAGAACCUAGCAUGGCUGGCCAGUGUCGCGAGUGAACGCUGCAAAUCCAGAGACGCAGAAAGCCCCAAAUGUGUUGUGUCAUCUGCCUCCUCAGCCUCUCCAUCCUCUUCAAUCUCCACCACUGCUCUGGCUGCAGUCCCGUUAGCCUCUUUACCUACAGUUUACCCCGCCGCCCUCCCACAACAGGCUGGGGCGAUCCAAUUAGCCCAACUAGCACCCAAUGUCCAGUUUAUCAGCUCUGGGCCGUACGCUGGCUACAUCUCCUCACAUAUUAUCACUACCAAUGCUAACACAGUGCCAAACAGCUCGGUGGGACAGCAGCAGCGUCCUCACUUGGAUGGCUACACGACCGCAAUCAUCUCUUCAAACACCAAAGCAGAGCACCCAUUUCAGAUGGGUCUCUCCCCGACGGAGCUUACGCCUGUGACGUUGUCCAGUAGCCCACAAGUCCCCAGUCAGUACAUCCAUCUGGACAACCGCGCCCCACUAACUGUGAGUGGCAACACAGUCACUUCACCCACAACGCAUCUCCAACUCCACCCGCACACCGCUGUUCUGCCCCAAACUCUCACCCUUGCCCCCUCUCAGCUUGUUGUCCAAUAUACAGAUGGGAAGAAGCUAGACGGAAAGGCGAUGCUGAAUGGGGAGAUAGAAGUGGUUAAGCACUCCAAAGCUACUAGUCAGCCAAUAAACCACCAGCCUGUUCAGAGCUAUGAAGCCAGACACAUCCUCUUGCCCACGGAUUAUGGCCAAAACUCAUCAGGAUUGCAGACUUCCUUAGUGCUGGUCGCUCAACCUAACCAUGCCGCUGAUCACGAACCAAACAAGAUCUCAAUAGUCCAGACUGACAAGGGUGGAAUUUGUUUAGGAAAACCAGUGGCCAGGACUUCCUCUUUCACUCCCCUCCCAUCCUCAGAGGUGGUAAAAUCUGUCACUCCGCACGCUGUUAUCCAAACUACCCUCCCCCAUGAGGAGAUACCGGCUAACAUUUACUCCAACACACAACCGCCCAUCAUCGGCUACAUCACCAGUGGUAACCAGCAUGCCGUAAGCUACCACACAGGCCUGCCCCAACAUGUGGUGAUCCCGAGCGGGCAGUCCCUCCUCAUUCCAGUCAGUGGCUCCAAUAACAGUACAGAGAUGGAGGUUAGUCGUGCUGUAACUGCCCUGACAGCCACCACUACCCCGCAGAUAUCCACCGCCAUGCCCCACGCCUAUCUGGCCACGGCGCUGUCCAAGUGUGAAGCACUAGCACCAGAUGGGAGCCAAGCUGGGCCCGCUGUGACCCAAGCUCCUGCGCUGCCAGCUCCACCCGCUAACCCCACCCCCUCACCCACACCUUCUCCUGCACCUGUGUCCAUCCAGGCCUCUCCCUCCAUCUCCUCCCCCUCCUCACCCGUGCCCCUCCCUCCCUUCUUCAUGAGGGGUUCCAUCAUUCAGCUGGCGGACGGGGAGCUGAAGAGAGUAGAGGACUUGAAGACAGAAGACUUCAUUCAAAGCGCCGAGAUCAGUAGUGAGCUCAAGAUCGACUCCAGUACUGUGGAGCGCAUCGACAGUGGACAAACGCCCAACGCUGUGGUCAUACAGUUUUCAGUGGGCGAGCUCAAAGCACAGGUGUGUGUGGAGGUCCUGGUGGAAUACCCCUUCUUUGUAUUUGGACAGGGAUGGUCUUCAUGCUGCCCGGACCGGACCACUCAGCUGUUUGAACUGUCCUGUGCUAAACUGUGUGUGGGCGACGUGUGUGUGUCUCUCACCCUCCGCGGACUCAGGAACGGGACACUCCCAGAAGACGGACCCAUUUUGGGUGCAAAACUCAAGAGCAUGGACCUCCCUGUAUCCUGCCCAAACACUGACCUUACAACAAGGAACAGUCCUGGACAUGAUCUAAGGGAGGAAGUGGUUCAAAAUGACACAAAUGGGACCCCACAGAGACCGAUUGUCCGAAAAAGACGUUGGUCAGCUCCUGAACGGGACCAGACUGAAAAAGGGGAGGAUGGACCACCCCCUUCUCUGCCCAAACCCUCCUUCAUUCCCCAUGAUGUCAAAAUCAGCAUCGAGGGACACUCCAAUACGGGAAGUGAACGCUGAUGAAGUUUUUGCUUUUUUCAUUUACUUUUUAGACUACUGUAAUAUAAACUGUAUGUGAAAAGACAUACAGAACACAUUUUUCUUUCUUAAAAAUCAAAUAUCAGUGGUGAAGUAUACUGGUGCGACUCUAAUAGAGAAAUAUUAUAUUCGAGAUCAGUGCAAUCAAUGGGAAAUGGAAGCGGAGUGAAUGUCUGAGUGGAUCUUGCGCUCUGGAGAAGCUAUGUUAAUAGUUUUAUAUUGUUAUUCAAGUGGUGUUGUGGUUCAAACCUUACAAACCAGCUGACCAAUGCAGAAAACAUACUCUUAGUUCAUGUUUAUUUGGCUUAUGAAGAGUGGAGUUUGGAGACUGCUGACUCAUUUAGAAUUUUUCAUUUCUUGUCAUUCUAUGGGAGCAGCUGGUCUAUGCUGUGUAAUGUACGUGUGAGUGUUAUAUGUUGUUGUUCGCAGUUCGACAGAUCAGAGGAUGUAGCUUCUAGAGAUAGACCAAUUUAUCGAUAUUUACAAUUAUGUUUAGUUUGAAUUAUGGGUCUGUUAGUUACCCCUUUCUGUCGACUAUCAACCUAAAAUCUCUUGCCUGCUUGGCCAGCCUGUCUAAAAGAAAUACAUGAAGGAUUUUUUUUUUAUGGCAGUGUUUUCUUUCAAUCCAUCAAAAGAGGGCGCUGUGCUAAAUUUGACAACACAGGUAGUGAGACAGGGCUGUAGCGAAUGCCUAAAAAUCAUUACUAUGCUGUGACUUAUUUGUCUUAAUAGGCCUACUUUUCUAGUGCACUUUAAAUUACUGGGAUUAUAAUCAUUUCACACUGUUUGAGGAGAAACACCAUAAUCAGCCAUAAUAUUGGCUCCAAAAACAAAACAACAUAUCGGUUAACCUCUAGUAGCGUCCUCCAAGUAAUACCACAAAUCAAGAGGUAUGAAUGUAAGAAACAAAAGCAAGAUCAGUUCUUAUGAAAUUGUUCAGUUUGCUAGCCAAGGACAAAUUAACUUUAUUUCGCCCCCUUUUUGGCCCAGGCAGGUGUAAUUCAGUUGCAUGCACGGUAGCCAAAACUAGACAGAGUAAAAAAAAUAUUGUAUUAGCUGGUCUGAUCGUACUGCAUUAGAUUGGCUUCAUAGGCAAGUCUCUGUUAAUUCCUGAAGUGUGUGAGAUGAUCAUGUUGUCAUUUUGUUUCUUUAUUUACAGACUAUAGCCUUAAUAAUGUUUUUUACAAUAACAAUCACUCCGGGUUUUAGACUUUUUAAACUACCUUCAUAUCCACACUCAUAUCCUCAACAGGGGCAUGCUUUUCUCAAGUUCAUGCCUGUUUAAUCAGCUAACUCUUUCACUUUUUUUAAAUUACAAGUAGGGUAGCGCCAAAAAUCUUCUACAGUUCAUACUCAGGAAUAGUGUGUGCAUUUGUGUGUGCAUUUGUGUGUGCGUAUUCUGAGCAGCAGCACUUUGUCGUUGGUGGUAGAGAGUCAAAAUAAAAAUGGCAGCGAUGUCCCGUCUCCUCAGCUCUUAAGACUGUUUAAAUUCACUUUACCACUAACUACGUCCUCCUGCGGGUCCAUUUACAAGCAUUAUAAACCAGGACAGGGAAUGUAAACAUAUUGGGCAAACAAUUUUUUAUUUUUGAUGAAGGUUAGAGCUAGUUUUGAAAGAAAAAAUGGAAAUUUGUAGAGCUAACUAGCCAGCGUGUGUUGAUAUUGUACAGUGAAUUGAUUGUUUAAAGUGUAUAGCAUUACUUUGUAUAGAUAUUCUAACCUUUAUGUAGCCUAUGUACUGUUUAUGUGACAGUGACUUCUUCAAUCAUUCCAUCACAAUCCAGAAAUCAACUCUGCACUUCUGUGUGUAUUGAUCUCACUAUAUCAUGAAUGUCUCUUGGGAAAAUGUCCAUUUAAAACCACACAAUGUAAAGAUAUUAUUAGCUCAGAUAUUACCCACAAUCCCUUUCUCUCAAAUGUGUUUUAUUGUGAACCCGACUGUUUCCUGUUUGUGUGGGACUGCUCAGGCUAAACACUGCCCCGUGACUGUUCUCCUCUUAGCUCUUAGGUUGUUGUUACAAUGUAAAACCAAUGCCUCAUCAACACGUGUUUUUCUAUGUCGUAGUUAAGUUUGUUUGAAAAGUUGAAAUGUGUUAAAGGGGCACUAUGUAACUUUUCUGAUGUGGGGUCCACCACCUGCUUUGCCUGGGAUGCUCAACAGUCUGGCAUUAAAGAUCCUGCCUAUCUUUCAGUCGUUCGAUUACAAUUUUUAUUGCUAAUAUAUAAAAAACAUGCAUUGUUACAAUAAGCAGGCUUGCCUCUCCACAGAUCUGAUUGUAACUUGACCUAAUGGCAUCACUGCUUAUCUCCUUGGAGAAGUUUAAUGUAAUUCUUUGAGAUAUUCAAAGGACAUCUAUAUAAAGGCAUGACGGUGGCUGACACUCCAUUGGAAAAGUUACAUAUUAUCCCUUUUCAUAACCGGGCUGGGCGCUAUGACGAUAAAAAUCUAAUAAUGACCUGAUGCAAAAAUAUACUAUUUUGGUGAAAUUGACACAUUUACCAAUUUGUUGAGUGACAGGUGGAUUUAACCAAUCAUAACGAAGUGUGAACUUUCAGGAGAAGAAACACGCUUUUCUUGCAAGGCAAUAUAAAAAUAGGUUUCAAAAAAUGUAAAAAAAAAAAAAAAAAUCUAAAUUCUUUGUCAUAUGGCCCAAUCCUAGGUAAGGAAAAAUUGUUUGAAGUGAAGGUUUUGCACACACCAGAAUAGGAGCAGUUCAUUACAAACUAUUGGAAACACAGUGGUUGAAAGCUGUAAAAGUAAUUCAGUUAUAUCUAGACUUUUAAAAGCGUUGUUCUGAGGUGGCCACUCUAAAGGAAGUGAGUGUUGGAAUUGCACUUUGAAUUGUGGGUAAUGGAGUUUAUUGUUUAUUGUACAGCACGACUAAUUGUAAAUAGCCAAAGUCUUCCAUUAUAAUGUUUGUACAGAUCAUCAAAGUGAAUUGUUAUCAAUGUUUCUUUGACAAACUACGGCUUCACUCAAAUGUUUUCUUUCACCAGCUCUACCCAUCAGGGGAUUUGUAAUUGAGAUCUGUUUAUCUGAUAAAUCUGAAGCUUAGCAUACAUGUAUGUUUUACCAUGUAACGUACAGUAUGUUGUAAGUAUCAAUGAUGUUCACAUAUGUUGAUGGUGUCGAGGUUUCCUAGUCAGAAACUGUUAAAUCUUUACUUCAGAUGUUUGGUUUUGAUCAAAUAUAUUAAAAUAAAGAAUAUAAAGAAA